UUCAUUUCCUCUGCAUUCCGCUUUCAACAUCUUCGGUUGCUUGAUCUGAUCAAAUGAGGUUGAAAUCACUUUGAUCACUGGAAAAAACUCCAUGGAGAGGAUUGAUUGAGUUUGCUUUUAUUCACAUUUUGAUAUAAGUAUGUUUUUGCUGGCGUGUUUGGUUGGUGAGAAAACGGAGGAAAGGCAAAGAAAUGGAAAGAAGAAACCUGUUAGAAUAUUCUCAAACCAUUGUGUUUUUUUGUUCGUGUUAAUGUGUAUAAAAACGAAGUAGAGUAAACUCACUGUCGUAAAAAAAGAUAAGUUAAUCAUAGAAAUGACUUAUAAAAUCUGUACGUCCAUAGCCUUUUCUUUCUGCUGGCAGCUCGAUUCUGUAUUCAUCGCCACCUUUUUUUAUUGUUGAGUAUUAGGUUUAGCACUCUUGUGUACUCUACUCAACUACAUUGCCUUUUGCAUAGUCAUUGGUUGCUUAUUCUGCUCCCACGUGCUUAUAAUGACUUCAAUUACUGCUCAAAGCAAUGCCGAUUGUUGGAAAAAUUCAUAGCAUUUUAUUUUUAAGUCUCUGUCACGACGCUUGAUUGGAAAGAAUAGCAACUGAAAGCAAUGGAAUAUAAUCAUCAGUCCAUUUUCUGCUCCUGUUACGUACGUUUUUGUCUUGUGAAAAAAGGGAAAUAACCGUAUGCCGAAGUCUCAUACGCGUCCCUUUCGCUUGUUACUAUUUUUCCUCUUUACAGAUCUCAUAUCGAAUACAAGUGUUCUUUAUUAUCUAACGUAAGAUUUCUGGAUGAAAUGACGAGAAAGUACUCUUCUGAUUUUCAAAGCAGUAACCGUGCAGUGAUUGCUUUUAUAGCUUGCUAUCAAUAAAAAUGUAGGUCAAGAUUAGAAACAUUCUCUCAAUCAGUCCAUCAAGAUUGUUUUAUCAUCAUAAAUGUUAAGUUAAUCCUCUGAACAUCAAAUUGGCUUGAUUAGUAGUAACAACUGUUUUAAUAUUGGAAUUUGUUCUAUGCUAACCGCAGUUGUCAUAUUUCUAAAUUUCUAUUCAUUUUAUUUUUGUAAUUCUUGAAGGCUUUGCUUGUUGUGGACAGAACAGAAUGAAGGGAAGAAACUGGUGCUAAAGAAUAUGCAUCGAAAGAAAGUUCCAAACUCACUGUUUUCUGUUGUUGUGUAUUUCUGGACUACAUUGUCGGAUAAAACUCUUCUGAAUGUUAAAUUCAACAACUAAAUAUGUGUGUUUCUAGCAUUUAUUAGUUAUAUUAACCAUAUGCUUGGCUUUCAACACAUGUAGAUACAAAGAUAAGGAAAAAUUUUGAACAUUAUUCUUGACUGAAUCUGAUGAGCAUAAAAUGAGUUUUUUAGUGCUAGAAACAAAGUAAACUGUUGAAAAUUUUCUCUACUAUAUGCAUCCAUCAUUUAGCAUCUCUCUCUUUUUCUUUUCAUGUUUUGUAAGGUUCAAACCAAUUCUUAAUAUGUCUAUAAGAUUCAAAUAGUAAGUCUUGUUAUUGAUUUUAUUUUGUAAGUAAUAGCUACUUUAUUGAAGAAAAUGAAUAAGGAAUAAUGUGCAGGAGGCACUCCCAACUUCUUUUGAUGAGUUCAUAUUAAUGCAAGUUUAGGUUGAGUCAUCUUACGUACUUCAGUUACAAUUUCCACCUUCUAAUCGUGUAUAUACUUCCACUUCCACUUUCCUUUCAUAUUUUUUUUUCCUACUUGUUUUCCCUUUUGGCAGUCUCUUUAUUACCAACAAUACAAUAAAGGAAAAGAAAAACAAUAUACUAUACUGUAUGUGCCACCUUUAUUAGCAUCUCAUGAGAAGAUUUACAUUUAUCGUUACUUAUCAAAAAAAGAUUUACAUUUAUCGUUCCCGAGAACUGAGCUGUGCCAGAAGUGACACUCUCACUCAUGCAUCACAUUUGAUUGUUAUAUAUUUAUUUUAAUAAAUUCUCCACUUAUUUGUUUGAGGCAUUUCUCCCAUGAGUUCACCUAACGGCUCUUCAAAUAGGCCUGACCAGCCCUAACUUUUCCUCCUAGAGAAGCAUAGUCUUUUGAGAGAGAGGAGCUCUCUCUUACAUUGCUCUUUCACUACCAAAUCUUCAAAAAUGCAGGCAGGUAGUUCAUCCUCUUCACAUUGUGAUGCUGAAAAAAAAGACUUAGAGGAGCUGCUUGAAGCUUUUGGCUCUGCAUUUUCUCUUGAAGACAUAGCCUCUGCUUAUUGCAAGGCUAGGAACAAUGUAGAUACGGCUGGUCAAAUACUUUGUGCAUCACUUGGAAGUACCUCUCAUGAUGCUACUUGCACAUCUAAAGAUAAAUUAAAGUGUGCAAGAUCAACAACUUCAGAGCUUUCAUCUGAAUUAGAUGGUGCAAGUGCAAUGCCUUCAGAAAUGUCAUCUGACAGCAUUCUUCAGAACUCUCAUCAUGGAGGAAGACAUACCAGAUUAUUGAAGUCAAAAGUUCGUCCUGUGUCAAUGGGUACUGUUUCAGGUAUCAUUGCAAAAGAUUAUGCUAAGCCCAGGCCUGUAACUAAUGAAUAUCCGGGAUCGAAAAAACCCCCAGGAUUAGAUUCAAAAGAAUUGCCUAUCUCUGAGAUAUGGAGGGAAGAAGUUCCACCAAACAUGACAGCAGGAAAGGGCACCAUACAUGGUUAUGUUGAAGAGUUCAUGUUUAAAAUGCUUGGUGAUGGCUUCCAACUAGAUAUGAGUGUUAUCCAAGAAGUUCUUGGCUGUUGUGGUUAUGAUGUACAAAAGAGCAUGGAGAAACUUCUUGAGUUGUCAGCUUCAACUUUGGAGAACCGUGAUGAUGUUGUGGACUUGGCCGACAGAAAAUCUUCAGAGAAACAUCGAGAACAAGGUUCUGCCUGCGGUGAUGAAGCUAGAAUUAUGAAGAAAAGUUUAACAGAAUCGCCAAAAAGAGACAGACAGAUUUGUUAUUCAGAAAGAAAUUUUAGAAGCAUUGUUCACUGUUCUGAAAGAUCGGAGGAAGCACCCAAAAGAGUGCAACCAGUGAGGAGAUUUAGAGGAUUUGGUGAAGUGGUGGUUGAACGUUUGAAAGACCCUGCCAUAGAGCAUGCAAUUGUUACUGCAAAACCACUAGAAGUUACAAAAGAUGAAGGAGGCGAUGAUAGCUAUGAGGUCCUACGUCAAGCUGUGAAGGAAUAUUGGACUACAACGAAAGAAUACUACCAAGCUGCUGUUGAUGCAUGUGUUAAGGGCGAUUAUUCACGGGCAAACAAACUUCGAGAGCAGGGACACUUUUUUAACAGAAUGGCCAGAGAAGCAGACGAGAAAUCUGCUCAAAAGCUUCUUGAAGCUAGGUUGGUGCAGAAUGUAAUUAUUUUCUUCUUGUGUUGCAUGCUUUGGUUAUUGCCUCAUAAAUCACAGAACAACUUUCAAUUUUACAGCCCACAGGAUGUGGUGUCUCUUGACUUGCAUGACCAAGAACCUAAGAAUGCUCUACGCCUAUUGAGGCUUCAUUUAACUACUUUUUCUGGCAUCGCAGUUUUAAAGCACCUUAGGAUCAUAGUAGGGAACAGCGAUGAAGAUACCAAAGGGGCUCGGAGACGACUGAUUUUGAAACUAUUGAGCAAGGAAUCCAUAAAAUGGACCAAGGACGCAGAUGGUCGAACAAUUAUGAUCCUAGUGGAUGGGAUAAACCCAGAGCGUUUGAGUUUUUGGAAAAAAUGAUUAUCGGACCGGGAGAAGCUUCGAAAAGAGGUCCCAUCACUGCAAGACUUCUGGAAAUAUAGAUUAUCAUAUCAUGGUUUGCCCUUGCAACUGAACUUUGUGCACAUCUUUUGUUAAAAACCUGUGUCAGCAAAAUGUUUCUGCAAGCUACUAAAUUUUGUGGCACCGAUAAUUUAGUUUUAUCGUUAAACAGUAUAUCGAAGAAGCAAUGGACGACUUGUGUGAAAUUGCAAUUCUCUUAAAUGACUUUGUAGAA